AUGCUCACAUCGAUUUCAAUGAGCGCUAUUGCUACAAACGGAAAAGUCCCAGCAGGUGGAAGCUACUACAUGAUUUCGAGAUCACUCGGUCCCGGCUGGGGUGCCGCCGUUGGACUUAUGUUCUACUGUGGAAUCACAAUCGCUGCUGCUGGAAUGAUAAUUGGUUCCAUCGAAAUUGUGACACUCUACAUGGGCGUCCUUCGAAUAUUUGACAUCGACGGUGAGUCCUUCCUUGGAUCCUCCUUUGGUAUUUCUGGCAUGUACGAUAAUUUCCGAGUUUUGGGAACGAUCCUUCUUAUUUGCAUGGCUCUUGUGGUGCUUGCAGGGAUGAAAUAUAUCAACAAGCUAGCAUUUCCAGUUUUGAUCUGCGUUAUUGUGUCAACUCUUGCCCUAUUUAUUGGAUUUUUCUCAUCCGCAUCUGGCCCAAAUAUGAAUACCAUAAUGUGUAUGAUUGGAGAUACUGUUGCAAAGAGACCUCGUGAUGGUUUGUGCUUCAAAUUUCUUGAAGAAAUGCCUAAAUUUGUGGAAACUGACUUUUAUAAUAAAGAAAAUGACUGCGCCGAUGUUGAUACCAACGAUUUUUGCUUACCAAGAACAACAGUCAAUGGCCGCAAUGAUACUCAUUUCUAUCAGGCAAAAUGCGUCUAUGACCAAAAUCAGUGGAAAUGCAAGACUCCUACUGAAAUUUUUAAGAAUUUCUGUCAAGCCGAUAAUGAUGUUCACAAUUUGGUUAAUUUUGAUCCCGAAGGAGAGUUCGUUAAACGAACUCUUUUCUUAGCCCCUUAUGCUGGUUGUCGAUACGAAUCCCUUCUUGCUGCACCUGUUUGGAAUAGACAUGGAGUUCCUGGUCUCUCUCGAAAAAUAUCUGCUGAUGUUUAUUCCGAAGAAAACUGGAAUUGGCAACCUAAGCAUUACAGAAUACACAAUGGGCGUAUUAAUAUUCCAGAGCUUCUUACAGAUAUUUUUGAGAACAAAGAUGCAUGCGAAGAAAUCGAUAUCAACAACACAGAAACUUCUUUUCCAUACGUGACAUCAACUCUUUCUUCUGGAAAUGAAUUUACGAACAUCAUGGUGCUUAUUGGAGUUUUCUUUCCAUCUGUCACAGGAAUCAUGGCAGGAUCUAAUAGAUCAGGUGACCUUGCGAACGGAUCAAAAUCUAUACCACGUGGCACGAUUGCAGCUAUUUUGAGCACCGGUAUCGCUUACCUAGCAAGCACACUUUUUAUUGGUCUUAUUUCUGAUGGAGCUUUAAUGCGAGAUAAAUUUGGAAGCGCACUUUACAACGGAAACGGAAAUCAAGUAUGA